AUGAAUGUGGCGCCUGUGGUGCCAGCUUCCAGUACCCUGCCAAUUCACCAAUACAUCGCCAUCUCGAUCUCCCUGCCCUCCAUGAUUUUAUACAUCGUUACCGUAGUCCUGAUUGUCAGGGCCAGGAUUAGAGAUCGGCUGUUUAAUUCGCCAUUUUUCUCAUUAAUUCUUGUCCAGAUCUGGUCUAAGAAAGCCGUGUUCCUGUGCUUGCUCGUCCAGUGGGCCGUGCCGGUGGCGAUCAAUGGCGGCUAUUUCGCGGCCGGAUGCCGUGGCGAUCUGAUGUCCACCUAUCAAAGCUGGUUCUUCGUCGCCCUCUCCACCGGUAUCUGCCUGAUAUGCUACGGCGUCUGUUACUCGCUCAGCUCCAGGCAGAAAAAGCUGUCGGAUCUGGAGCAAAAACUUCUGCUCUGCUCAAUCCUCCAGGCGAUCCCAAUGUUUGCCGAGUUUUUGAGGACGCUAAUCUCGUUCUUGCUCCUUUACGUCUUCAAGACCGAUCAGUAUGAUGCAGAUUCAUGGGUGGUCAAAUUCUGGUCCGAAAUUUUAUACUACUACAUCGAUACCUCAGUAACCAUUCAGCCAUACUGCCUUUUGAUCACGAAUACGCAUGUUCGGAAGCUGUUCCUAUGUCGAAAACGCAACAACGUAAUUAAGAUCUGGACAAAUAAACUCGUGUUCAUCUGCUUCGGGCUUGAAUGGGGAGUGCCGGUGGCGAUAAAUCUUGGCUAUUUCAUAGCCGGAUGUCGCGGAGAUCUGGUGGAUAUUGCUGACAUUCGGUCGCUGUACAGCACCUGCUCAACGCAGAAAAAGCUGUCGGAGCUGGAGCAGAAGCUGCUCAUCUGCUCCGUGCUGCAGGCGCUGCCAAUGUUCACCGAGUUUUUGCGGACGAUUAUACAGUUCUUGCUCCUGUACGUAUUCAUGAUUGAAAAUUACACAGCCGAUUCGUGGGUGGCAAAAUUUUGGUCGGAAGUAUUAUAUUACUAUAUCGAUACCCUCGUAACAAUCCCGCCUUACUGUCUAUUAUUAACGAACACACACGUUCGCCGAUUAUUUCUAUGUCGGAAAAAGCAUACGGUAAAGGGUUCUUCCGCCACUCGUGUCUCUUCUCUUGGGAAGACAAAGAUUGUAGAGAUUAAA